AUGACGAAGGAUCGCCCGCGAAUCUCGGGGCUUUAUAUAUACCCAAUAAAGUCUUGCGGGGGUAUUGCUGUGGACUCGGCUGCGGUGACUGCUACAGGCCUGCAGUGGGACCGGCAAUGGAUGGUGGUGGGUGCUCCCCCCUCUUUCCCCCCUUCCCCCUCAUCCGCAUCUGCGUCCGCAUCAGCUCCCCCUCUGCGCUUCAUCACGCAGCGCCAGUGCGCGCGCAUGGCGCUCAUCCGCACCUCCCUUCCGCCUGAGGCGCUGCUCCCCCCGCACACGUGGGCGCACACGCUGCCCCCUGACGCGUGCCUCUCCAUAACGGCCCCUGGUCACCCCCCCCUGCACGUCCCCCUCGCCCUCUCCUGGUAUCACCGCCAGGCGAGGACGGGGGAGGGCACACGAGAACAGGGGGUAGGCAGCGCGGGAGGAGCAAGGGGAGAAGCAGGGGAGGUGGGGAGUGGGGGGAGUGGGGGGAGUGGGGGGAGGUGGGUGGCGGUGACGGUGUGGGGGUGGACGGGCAGGGCGUUGGACGCAGGGGAGGAUGCAGCGCAGUGGUUCUCCUCGGUCAUGGGGAGACCUGUGCGCCUCGUUCGCUUCGACACUGCGCAUGUGGUGCGGCCUACCAGCGCUGACUUUGCAGACGGCUUCCAGACGUCCUUUGCUGAUGGCUACCCCAUGCUGCUCAUCUCCCAGCCGUCGCUCUCAUCGCUCAACGCCCGCCUCCCCAACCCGAUUCCCAUGAACCGAUUCCGACCCAACAUAGUGGUGGAGGGGUGUGAGCCCUUUGACGAGGACACAUGGCGCAGCUUCUCCCUGGCACGCAGCAGCAACACAGCAGCAGGGGAGGCAGCGGAGGAGGAGGGGGGGGAGGGGCGUGGGUGUAGGUCUGGUUCUAGGUGUGAAAUCUCUGGUGCUGCCUCAGCUGGUGUGUUUCGUGGAGUGAAGCCCUGCUCAAGGUGCAAGAUCACCACAAUCGACCAGCUCACAGCUGAAUCCAGCAAGGAGCCCCUUCAGACACUCCUCAAGUUUCGACGAGGAAAAGACCUGGGCCUUCCAACAAGCUUGCAAGACGUUUUUUUCGGCAUGAAUGUUGUGUUCCAGCCUUCAUACACCACACACCCUGUUCCGGAGCAACUCUCCCUCACGGAGCUAUCAAUUGAUUAUCUGUCCGCUCUCUCGUCGCGAACCGCGUCUCCUAAGGCUCCUUCAGAAGUUAGCGAAACGGCCAUGGCGUCGAAAGCGGUGGCUUCAACGCUGUCGCGCGAGUCAGCAGACUCUUUCUGGGACGACGAUGACGACGUGCCAACACAUCGCACGGGCUCCUACGACGUCGAAUCCGCGCAUCUCGCGAGAUCCGCCGGACCAGACGGACGGUCAGGAUUAGCCGACAGCCGCGAUGGCGAGCUCGACUCCCUCAUGCCGACAGCGGGCUCCCGCUCCGCGCACCUCAGCGCAGCACGCGCGGAAAACGGCCUGCGCACGGACGACUACCUGCACGGCGCGGGCGCGCGCUUGGGGCGCGGCGGAAGAGAAGCGGACAAGCGGCUGCACGAGCGCGAAAUGGAGCGCGCGUACCGCGGAUGGCCGUCGUGCUGGCAGAUCUGGGGGGAGAUCCUCGACCAGAUGGAGCUCGGCGCGCCUCUCUCCGCCGCGAAUCUUCUCAGCUUCGCGCGGUUCCUCUUCUCCCUCGCGUUCCUAGGCCGCCGCAGCACUCUUCAGCUCGCAGCCGCCGCCGUUGCAAUCACCUUCACUAACGUCACAGGCUUCUCGCUGCUCAUCGGCCUGGCUUCCGGAAUCGAGCCUCUGUGCGCGCAGGCGCACGGCGCGCAGCAGCCGAGAGCCAUGGGGCUGCUGCUGCGCCGCUCGUCGCUGCUCCUUACGCUCGCGUCCAUCCCCAUCGCGAUCAUAUGGUCGAAUUCCCAACGGCUGCUCCUCGCAGCGGGACAAGACGCGCCGUUAGUUUCAGAAGCCACGACCUUUAUUCUCUGGCUCCUCCCCGACCUGUUCCUGUCCGCGCUAGUGAAUCCCCUGCGGAUCUUCCUUCGCGCGCAGGGUAUAGUUCGCCCUGUGCUGGUCGGAGCCGCGCUGUCGCUCGCAGUGCACGUGCUGGCGACGGCGCUGCUGGUCGCAGGGCCUCUCUGCAUGCUCCUCUCAGGACUCCUCCCAGACGCCACGACAUCUGUUGCAGCCCUUGCCAUCCUCUUCAACCUAGAUUCGAUUCUCUACUCUCUCACUGCCGGCCUGGCUGCCGCAGCAGGUACCAGAGCAGGGAACCUCCUAGGCUCGGCAUUCCCGAUCCUGGCGCGGAACGCGGCACUAGUUGCCCUGGGCUGUUCUUUAAUGCUGGGUAUCACACAGCUAGCUGUGCUCUGGGCGGCUAGAGAAGCCUUAGGCCACGUGUUCACCUCUGAUGCGGCUGUGCUUGAAGCUGUCACUGCGCUGCUGCCGAUUCUAGGGCUUCUUGAGGUUUUCAAUUCGGUGCAGACGGUCAUGACAGGGUUGCUAAGGGGUUGCGGGCGGCCGGACGUGGGGAUGUAUGUCAACCUGGGAGCGUUUUACGUGCUUGGUUUGCCGCUGGGUCUUGGGCUGUGCUUUCUCGCGGAUCUAGGGUUGCUGGGGCUGCACUCACAGGCUUGCGUACAAAAUCUGAUGACCAAGGGCUCUGAGAGGCAUCGAGAUGCAAGCCAUGCAUCGUAUCUUCCCUUGCUGAUAUAA